AUUUAGUCUAGCUCCUGCCCAGCGGUGGGUCGUUUCGGCUGGGGUCGCGGCUGGCGAGUGUGGAGCGGCCGGGCGCUGGCCCGGCUCCGGUUUUGGCAAACAAGUUAAAGAAUGUGUCUCAACAGAGGAAACAAUAUUGAUGCCUCUGCUUAAAAUUCUUAAAACAUUCUCCGUGGUGUCGAUUUGAUUUGAAUCCCAGUAUUUGGGAAGCAGAAGGAUCUCUUGUGAGUUCAAGGCCAGCAGAGCUAUACAGUGAGACACUGCCUUAAUAAGAUAUGGAAAGUCCAGACAGAAAAAAACAGAAGGUUUUAAAGGCCAAAAAAACAAUGCCUACAAGUUGUCGGAAGCAGUUGGAGAUCCUGAACAAGUCAAAGAAUGUUGAAGCUCCAAAAACAACAGUUGGAACUAAUAUUCCAAAUGGCCAUAAUCAAAAGAAGAUGUUUUCAGACAACAAAGAAAAUGUUAAGGUCAUGAAAACUUCAGAGCAAAUUAAUGAAAAUGCUUGUGUAGCUCUGGUAAGGCACACAACACUGCUAGAACAGGUUAAACAUUGGGUUCAACAGGAGAUCCACAUGAUAAGUUGUAAUUUAUUUGAUAAAAAACUGAAUGAAUUGAAUGAACGCAUUGAUAAGACCCAGUGCAGGAACAAGCAUGAAGCAAUAGUUGAGGAACUCUUUGUAAAAAUAAGAAAACUUCAAAAACGUAUCAAAACAGUAUUAUCAUCUCAAGGAAAUUGUUUGGAACCAAACAUAUUACCCAAUAAUACAUUCUGUAAGGUUACAGAUUCAGAGGCCAUAAAUUUGAGUGUGACCCAAAAGCCAAAUAAAAGUCGAAGGAAAGGAGUGUCUUCUGUGAACCAUGCCCCUUUUAACUCUUCAGAAGAAGCAAGUGGUAGGAUUAAUUUGCCAUCAGCAUGUGUUGAGUUUGUUUCUGAAAGUAACACUGAUGAUGUUAUGCUGAUUUCUGUGGAACAUCCUAAUUUGACAGCUUCUUUUACCUCUGAUCCAACAGAAAUUGGGAAAAAUAAAUCAAGAAAUGACCAUAACUUACCUAAUGCCGUAAUUGAAGUUGAGGCUGUAGAGAAGAAACUUGAUUUUGUUAUUGACUUGACAAGAGAAGACCUAAGCAACUACAGCAAAGAAAGCCCAGCAUUCACCCUGAAGUCGUCUUCGAAAGCUGUUUUAAGAUCAAAAGAAAUAAUCCCAGUGGCAGAAAAUGGAGAUGAGGAUUUUGAUUCAUUUGAACACCUGCCACCUCUCCCAGAGCCGCCACCACCUCUCCCUGAGAUGGCAGACAAAAUCCAAGAUACACUUCCUCCCCAAAAGCCUGAGCUGAAAGUGAAGCGGUUGCUGAGGCCCAUAAGUAUUGCUCUGACAUGGAACAUCCCUAAGGUCAACCCCAAGUGUGCUCCUGUGGAGAGCUACCACCUCUUCCUAUGCUACGAGAACUCUAAUCAUUUGACUUGGAAGAAAAUUGCAGAGAUGAAAGCUUUACCACUCCCGAUGGCCUGCACCAUAUCUCAGUUUUUAGCUUCCACCAAAUACUAUUUUGCUGUCCAGUCAAAAGACAUUUUUGGGCGAUAUGGGCCAUUUUGUAAUAUAAAGUCUAUUUCUGGGUUUUCUGAAAAUCUUACCUAGAAGUCCUCAGUAAUUAUAUGUUGUGCACAUGUCAUGUUUUCAUAUUUGAAUGUUUUGUUUACAAUGUUUCUCUAACAGUACAUUAUAAUAUUUUAUGUGCAGUUUGUGAGCCCUUUGUACUGUAAAGUGUCUUGGAAUUUUGUGUAUUUCUAAUUUGCAUUCAGUAUGUAUUUCUGUUAUCUGUGACACAUACUGUAUCAUGGACCCAUGUUGCCACUGUGUGUUCCUUUGGUGACUGGAGUUGCUGCUGUGGCAGAGGAUCUCAGGUUCUUCACAAUCAGCUAUAAGCAAAGCCAACCAGUUGCCAAAGGUGGAUCAGCCCUGGAAUGCAUCUCUGCCAUGAUCUAGUAGGCAGCAACUCCUUCCUGUUUUCACUCUAAAGUACACUAUUGAUUUAUGCCCUUUGUCUUCUUGUUUGGUUAGCAAUCAUUUGAGAGAAACAGCUUGGAGGUUUUGUCUAAACACUACAAUUUAUUAAAUCAGGCAUUGUGGGCCAUGCCUCUAAUCCCAGUACUUAGGAGGAAAAGGCAGAUAGAUCUCUGAGUUAAGACCAGCGUGGUCUAUAUAGAAAGUUACAGCCAGAACUAUGUAAUAACUGGCUGUUUAAAAAAAAAAAAAUUGUUACACAUUGUAUGCUAUGUACACAAAAAUGUAUAGUGCUUCUUAUUAAAAAUAUAUGUAUAUCAUUCAGCCUGCUUUUUCAACUAUGGAGUUAAUCUCUUAGAGUUGAAACUUUAAUUUGCUGAUUCCUAGUUUCUCUAAAUGUCUCUCUUUGCCAAUUUCCUGACUUCCCUCAGCACUCAGAGAACAGACACUGAAGGGCUCUAAAAAGAGCUCUAUGCAUACCUCUCCCCCAAGAAGCACUGAAGUGAGGUGCAAGCAGCCCAAGAGAGACUUGAGAUGCCCACCUCACUGGUAGAGAGACUAGGUAGCUAGUAAUGGAGAUUUUUUUUUUAAUGGUUUUGUUUUGUUCUUCAAGACAGGGUUUCUCUGUAGCCUUGGCUGUCCUGGACUUGCUUUGUAGACCAGGCUGGCCUUUGCCUACUUGAGUGCUGGGAUUAUAGGCAUGUGCCACCACAUCUAGCUAAAAACAGCAUGGUUUUAAAGUGAAACACUCUUCUGCUACACAGUGGAAGUUCUGAGAUAUGAUCAGGAAGUGGUUUCCCUUGGUGUUUGAGGUAACUACUACAUCUUCACAAAUAAAGCUGUUACUUUUUUGA